UUUUGACAUUUAACUGGAAAUAGAAAACGAUAACAAAUGAAACGAUUUUUAUUAUUGGUCUCCUUGAUAAAAUCCAAAAAGAAUUAUAUAGGAAAUUCGCGGGAAAUUAAUGUUUAAAGGACUAAUAAAAUUCAACACGAUGAUAUAGCGUUUUCCUGUGUCUACCCAGCGAUUGCAUACUGUACCUUUUCUUCUUUUGAUGUUUAAAUGAUGAUUUAUUCCGCUGGUGUACUGUUUUCCAACGUUUAUUAAACUUGUAAACAUCGAGGAUUACAUGUGUGCUCCCUGUAUCGAGUGCCAUAAGAUAUUGAAGGUUUCAAGGAACCACGUUCUUCUGUCCAAAGAUAGGAUGCCCUCUUACUACCCGUCCACCAAGCAGUCAGCUAUCGCCGACACGGAAUAUUGUAAAAAACAUCCGAAGGAGGUGAUCCAGUUUUAUUGCCUGACCCACGGAGACCUUGGCUGUGGUGACUGUGUCGUACCCGACCAUCGUAGCUGUAAAGUUGACUACAUCGCUGAUGUGGCUAAAGAAUUUAUCAUUGAAAAUGAAUUCAAAGAGCUGGAACCGUCGAUUAGACAAGCUGAAGAUCUUCUAUCCAGGUACAUAAGUAAUGUCAAGGGACUUUUUGGCGAAGUUGAAAACCAGACUAAGGAUGAAAUGGACAAACUAAGGAAGUUCCGGGCGGAAAUCAACACCUACCUUGAUCGCCGCGAGAAGGAGUUGCUCGACAAUCUCCAUAAAGUGAAGAACGAGGAUGAAAACUUGCUGAAUACCCUACAAAAGGAUUGUGAGUUGACGAAAGCCGGACUUGAAGCCAUGAGAAUGGAACUAACUUCCGGAGCGGCUGCUGGGAUUGGAAACAGGCCUUGGAACACUGGACGUGGAUGGAGAUUUGGAUAGGGUAUUAGCAAUAAUAAGCAUGUUAGUGUUGCGUACACAGUGUUGCCCAUCAUAGUUGUUCCAGUUCCUGACCUUUCUACUGUGACAUGGAAGAAGAAGGUAGACAUUGACGUCAGAACGCCAGAGGACCAGGAUUACUGCGUUAUUAACGGCCUCGCCCUGCUGUCUCCCGGUAUCUUCCUUCUAACUGAUUGGAGAAACGAUUGUGUCAAGUUGAUGAACGUCACCACCCGCACCGUCAUGUCCCGCCUCCAACUUACAGGGUGGCCCUGGGACGUCUGUGGGCUCCCUGAUGAUCAGGCCGCCGUCACUCUCUCGAAUAACUCAAUUAUAUAGCUGCUAUCUACAAAAGGAGGGCAGUUAUCAUGUGGCAAGAAAAUUAAAGUAUCAUCUGGGUGUAGUGGUAUUGGGUAUUACAACAAUAGAUUAUACGUUUCUUACACAUCUGACCCGCGUAUUGAAGUGAUGACAAUAGAUGGUCAUAAGAUAAGUACAUUCCAAAAAGAUGACGGAAGACAGCUUUUCCAAAGACCACUAUACCUGACAGGAUCAGCUUCCACACCACUGACCCUUUACGUGUCUGACUCCGGUACACACACCGUCCUCCAGCUGUCUCUAGACGGGAAGGUCCUGCGAGAGAACAAGAAGCUCGAAUACCCUAUGUCCGUGGUGGCGGUAGGUCCCGGUCAGCUGCUCGUGUGUGGACAGAGCAAUCACAACGUGGUGCUGCUGACGGAGAGGGACGGGAAGAUGGCGGAAAUACUUGGACAGAAUAAGGAACUGACAUAUCCCUACUCGGCAGCAUUCUGUCCUAACAUACGUACCAUAGUUGUCGGGACGAUAAAUACUGACUCACUAAAGGUAUUUACUGCAAACUGACAGAGUUUCUACAUCAUUCCUAACAUUUCUGUCCUUGACAGAAACAACAAUGUGUUAAAUCAUGUUUGAGCAAUUGAAUGAUUAAUACAAUAACAUUUAUUUUACAACAUAAGCCUACAGUAUUGACUCAAAUUGAAAAGACAUUGUUUUAUGACAUGUACUUAUAUCUGAUAAAUAUCAAGCGUAUUUUGCAAUUAUGUUUAGCAAAAUGUAGGAUAACGAAAAGUGUUAAUAAAGUCAUUAUAUUAUACACAAUUUCCUUAAGAAUUUUAGGUUUAUCAUCCUGGUAUCCAUACUGUUUACCAUACUGCAGCAUUAUUGUAUACAUAUAUUGUGUAUUCCCAAUGCUAUCUUUAAGCAUUCAUCUUAAUACUUUUCAUCCUACCAUCCAUACUGUUUCCCAUUCUGCAACAUUAUUGCACUAUAAACAUACAUAUAUUCAUAUCUCAUACAACAAUACUACAGUUUAUGCUGUUGAUAUAAUACAAUAUAAUUUAAUGUAUGCUUUUCCGAACUAACAAUGUACAUACAUUUGACAUAUAUAACAUAAGUAUAUAUGUUUAGACUAUGAACUUGUAAAAGUCUUCAUAAACGGCUAUUCCAUUCUAUUACCGUAGACAAAUUUUAUCAAAAUUUCAUUUAAAAUUAAGGAGAAAAUUGUAAAUAGCUUGCGAAAAGAAAUACAUUCAAUGUUGCACACACAGUUUCAAAAACCUUACAUGUACAAGCUCGUAAUUUCCUUGGAAUACAGCUCAAUUUUUCGAUGAAGUAAACCACAUUUAAAGGUUGUGGUAAGAAGUUUUUACUUCUUGCCUUUAAGGUCAUAUUCUAGAUUGGGAGAGGGGGCUCAUUGUUUCCAGGGAGGGGGACUCUUUCUAGUGACAGGGAGUCAUAACUUUUACACCCAGAAACCUGUUCUAUUUUUCAUUUUCUGUUUAACGUCUUAAAAUUAGCUAACGUGUAUCGAACUUAGUAUCGCUCCUGUCACGAAUAAGGGCAAUGUCUAACAAUUACAGGGGAAUAACUAUUAUGAGCUGUAUAUUCCUCUCAAAAAAUAAACGACUGAUAAUAAUUAAGUGUGGCAAAGAAUUUGUCUACAACUGAAGCGACAUUCUUUCUUAAUGGAUUACAAGCUAAAUAACGGACUUCGUAUAUAUACUACUAUAGUUAUUACGGAUAAUAUUUAGUUAUUCCUCUCGCUGUGUUAAUGUUGUUCUAUGGAACUGUGAUUCUUUAACCAAUUUGUAACUGUAUGAUUGGAAGAUUGAGUGACCAUUGACUGUGUUAUAAACAUUAACGUAUUUUAUUGAUUGUGUACGCAUGGGCGUAUUGCCUAUUGUAUUCUGAAAUAAACUCUAAACUCUAUAUUGCGAAUGCGUUGACAUGAAGAAAUGAUUUGACAGCUUGAAUAGAAAUACUCUGUGGUUUAAGAUGUCUUAAAUAGGAAUAAAUAGUAAAAUGGAUAGAACUGUGAGAUAUAUGUAUGCUUUUGUUAGAUCUUUAGUUAAACAUUGCACUUUAUAUUCAGAAUUUGAUGUGAGGUGUUUUUGGUAUUAUGUUUGUUUCAUAAAAAUAAGACAAGUAUAAUAUUUUCAUAAAUAAUGUGUUUUGAUGCAUGUUCUCCUUUAAUUUAGUAAUAUUACAUAAUUGACGUGUUUGUAAGGCAUUCUAGAUGGAAUACACUAAACGGUAUAUUGACUUUUGUUUAUAUGUAUA